CCUUGCGCGUUUUAGGCUGGUUUUUUAUGAAGAGCAACACACCAGGGAUUAUUGAAGCCAAUGCUAUGUGUAUUGCAACAGCUACAAAAGAAGGGAAACCAUCUGCUCGAAUGGUUCUGUUGAAAGGCUACGGGAAAGAUGGGUUCAGGUUUUUCACCAAUUAUGGAAGCAGAAAGGGACAGGAGUUGAUAGAAAAUCCCCAGGCUAGCCUUUGCUUUUACUGGGAACCUCUUAUGAGAUCCGUUCGUGUUGAAGGAAAUGUAGAACGGAUCAGUGAAAAGGAGUCGACAGAUUAUUUCCAUUCUCGCCCUCGCAGCAGUCAGAUUGGAGCAUGCCUUAGCCCACAAAGUCAGGUCAUCGAAGGUCGCCACGUGCUGAUAGAUAAAGAACAGCAACUUCAAGAAGAAUACAAAGAUGAAGAGAGUUCCAUUCCAAAACCAGAAAUAUGGGGUGGCUUUCGUGUGAUACCAGAAAUGAUCGAAUUUUGGCAAGGACAAACGACCCGCAUUCAUGACAGGAUCCGCUUCAGAAAACUCAAAGCCGAUGAAACUAUAGAUAAAAAAUUAACUCAUGAAGGAGAAGAUGGCUGGGUUUAUGAGAGACUGGCUCCAUAGAAGCAUGAAAGACCACAAAUGAAAAAGAGGCAUGAUUUUCUGUCUCUGUCUCUCUCUAUCUCUAUCUCUAUCUCUAUCUCUAUCUCUAUCUCUCUCUUAGGCAAUAACUGUACAUCCUGAAAGAUAAAAUCAAUCGCAGUGUACAAGAGGAAGCCAAAAAAAUCAGAGAUGUAUUUCAUAUGUAUAUUGUUGAUUUAAUUUAUGGGUUGAUUUCUUAUUUGUUGGUUAUUAUAAAUACUUUGAAUAAAUGUGCUUUCUUUAUUCAGAACUUGAAAACUUGCAUAUCCAUCGAUCAUACAUGCACACACUCAUGCUUAUAUGCAGAUAGAUGUUAACAUACACAUGUACAAACACAGUUGCAUUUUUUGUGUUUAAGUCUGUAUGUCAAUCAAUAUAUGAGAAUAUCCAAAGUAGUUUUUUUUUCUUCAUUAUCCUACAUCAAGUGAGGCACCAGACAUCAUCUGUCACAAAAAUAUGAAGGCAUGUAGGUCCAAAGGUGUUCAUAGAUCAAUUGCCCGAAAAUGUGUUUAUUAGAUGUUUUGUUCGUUAAAAUUGCAUUGACAUGUUCAAGUUAAUGUACUAUAAUGUCAUGACUGUAAUGCAUUAAUAUUGAAUAUAUUGAUGCUGAUGUAAUAGAUAAAAGUUAAAAUGAACAAUACAAUUAAUAAACACAUUUUUGGACAAUUGGUCUUCGAACACCUUUGGACUUGUAUGCCUUCAUUUUCUUAUGGCAAUCAGUGGCUGAUGUCCUCCCCUUGAUGAGGGCUUAUGAAGGAAAAAG